UGUGAAGAAGAUAAGUUAUGAUGGAGGCUAUAAGCCGCCGCCUCAUUAAAACGAUUACCUGACAUUUGUCACCGAUCGUUACUGCAUUUUUACAACUUAGCGAACAAGAGUAACAGUAAUCUGCGACAUUUAACACCGGCUAAUCUUUUUAAGAACUCCUCAAUUCAUGUCGAUUAAACUGGAAGCCCAGCGAUUUAAAGAGGCAAAAAUUUGAGACAAAAAUCAAUUCUCGUUAAUUGUAACUCAAUUUUGACGCCGACUUUUGACUGAGCAAAAUUCCAAAAAGGGUUGGAAAUUUUUCACGGUUGUUGGAAUCUAUAUAACGAAUCAAGUAAAAGAAGUUAUAAUUAGAUUGCACUUUGACUCGAUUAAACUUCUUCAAGAACUGGUUCUAACAGAUUGAAGACAGACACUUCCCAGCCCGAUUCUGACCACUCAAUUGUUCCCAAGAUGACAAUUCAGACAAUGAGAUUCGAAAAAGCGGUUGGAAUGAUAUUGGAGCUGCUGUUUUUCCUCUCAAUUUCAGAUGCAAGAUGUCCAGGAGGUCUGUGCACUCAAGGGGAUCAGCACCGCAUCUUCGAGGACAUCAUAGAGUCCAAACCACACCUGAAGAAUCUACGGCCAGUCUUACAGCAGACCACUCCUACCAUCGUAACUAUGGACACGCGCCUGACAGAGAUAGUCGAUUUAGACGAGACGAACGGAAAGUUGACUACAAAUUGGGUGCUAAACAUGAGUUGGACAGACGAGUUGCUGAGUUGGUCCACUAACAAUUAUGGACAAGAAGGCGAAAUUGUUGUUCCUGCUGGUAUGAUUUGGAUACCAGACAUUACUGUGCAAAACAGCGAAUACGACAUACACAGUGGCCUUGGCCUGUUCCGUGACUGCAUGGCUCGAGUAAAGAACAACGGACUAAUUUCAGUAGUCACACAACUGCACCUCAAGACCACUUGCACCACUGACGGAACAUUUUUUCCCUAUGACUCACAGACCUGCACGGUAUCCUUCGCUUCGCAAGUUUACACCAGCGAAGAACUGUACAUGCAAAACCAAUCGGCACAAAGUGCUCAUGAUUCUAUGAAAAUUUCGGCGCAUUGGGAAAUUCUGGGAGUAUUUGUCGAUUCACUAAGACAACACUACGCUUCAAUUCGGUUUCAAAUCCACGUCAGACGGAAGAUGACAUUUCAUUCCAAAUUAUGGAGCAGCUUUUUCGCCACCUUUGCUCUCAUAUCCUUGUCUAUUUUCCUCCUUCCGUGCGAUGCCAUUGAGAGGUCGACUUUGGGAGUUGUGAAUAUAGCCAUCCAACUGGUAGUGAUGAUGCUUGCCGCAUCUAACUUGCCACAAGGAGAAGAAGGAGGAAUGCCCUGGAUAGGUGUUUUCCUGUCAGCACAGUUUUUGAUCGCAAUUGCAUCUUUAGUUGCACACUACAUUGUUAUAAAAAUCGGAACCAAUGGGAUAAGAGAACCAAAUACGUCGCCCCCUGAUUGGUUGAAAAAGCUGGCUUUUAACUGGCUCCGAAUGUUUGGAUCUCGGAUUGUUGAAGCCACAGGUGCCAAUCAAGAUGAUGAGCCAAGAAUUUGGGCACGAGAAGAUUUUGCUGACGAAUCAAAAUCACAAACAGAACCAUCCAAAAGACGGUUGACCGUUGAAUGUCCGAACGGAAGCGGAUAUGUCUACAAUUUACACGUGAACACAGCAUGGGAUUUGGAUGAACAAACUUGCAAAACACUUCCUAUUAAACCUGUUCAGAAAAUUAUUCACGAAACUGCUUCAACAACGCCCUCUGAGAUUUUUGAAAACUCUUCCUUGUUUGGGAUGCCGACUACAAAACGAAGCUUGGUCGGGGUAAAAACGAGCUGCAAUUCUAGACAGGAACGACUUGCCAGUAAUGAGUUACUCGAAAAUAUUGACCGAAAUCUGAGUCAUUUUGUGGUGCACUUGAACUUGCAAAGGCAAAUUAGGAUUAGAAGGAACGAAUGGAGCCGCAUUGCCCAAAUAAUUAACCGAUUCCUGUUGUUCUUGUUUCUUGUGACCAACGUUGCCGUAUCUAGUUUCAUAUUGGGAAAACUUAUGCAGAAAUUGUGACCUACACAGAUGAAGAGGCAAAAGCAAUUCAAGUGGCAAAUUUAGGAGGCAAAAAGAGGCAAGUCAAAAACCUACAAAUGAAAACAAAAAUGAAACAAUAAAUGGCAAUUUUGUAUAAAAUUACGAAUUGAGAUUUGCUCCAAUAAUGUAUGAUAUAAACUGAAACUUUUUUAU